AUUCGAUGGAGAAUUUAAGUCGAUUAAUAAUUAUUUUAUCGACGAAAGGACGAAAGGACGAAAGUCGAACUGGAGCGUAAAGACGGACGAAAUGAAAAACCAAUUCAGACCGUAAAGGGGACGAAUUACGGCUAAGCAUUAUGCUCGGUCACUGCCUGGAACCAAACUCGGAAUCUUGCGGUUAGUAGCCCGCGCUCUUAACCACUACGCCAUAUGCCCAGGUUCGAAAUUUCCCAAGACACUUGUUGAAGACUGGAGAGUAUAUCAGCCGAAACUUGUGUUAAUAUCAAACAAGAUGAGGACGAAUAUCCGUCAAAUAUAAAUAAAGAAAACAAAUAUGAUAUUCGAGCUGUCAGUACAAAAGGUGAGACGGGAAAAUAAAUUACCCCAGAAAUAUUAAGGUGCACAAAAGUAUUCAGAACAUCGUAAUUGUUCAAAGUUACUUGAAUAUCAAAAUGAAAAUUUAGAAACAAGCAAUCGAUUCCUCACAACGCCCCACGUGAAAUGAGUAAUUUUACGUUAUUAUAACAAUUCAGAUGGAAAAACAUUCAACGUUUAUUUAUAAGUAUUCUAACUUUAUAACCUUGAUUAAUACCUAGAAAGUAUAGACAAACGUUGGUUUCGCAGUUAUUUACAAUUGAAUUUCCGCUGUCGAAUUACCUACUCGAAGUACGAGUGUUGCUACCGACUGAGCUUUCUAGAGACUGGUAUUUGGUUAACUUCUUUUUCGGGAAUAAAAUUAUGCUACCCAUAAAGAAAUAUUCAUAUAUGCUACAAUCCUCGAUGUAGUAUCUUGCCUGAAUAAAUAAUGUCUCGUAUCAACAGUCACAAGACAAAAAUGGAAUACAAUAUAACGGAAAAGAACUGCAUUACACAACAUGGAGAGGGUACACGCUGAAAGUAACAACCAUAGAAUUGUUUCCCAAGAUAUUGAAUAACAUCAUCUUUUUCAUAAGGCACAAGGCCCGAAAUUUUGGGGUAGAGGGCCUGCCGAUUAGAUCGACCUCAUUACGCAACUGGUACUUAAUUUAUCGACUCGGAAACAGAUGAAAGGGAAAGUUGAACUUGGCAGAAUUUGAACUCAGUUCACAAGGACUGACGAAAUACCGCAUCACAAAAUCUUCUAAUAAUUCCUGCUCAUAUUGUCCUGAAUAUUACCGUAGCUUCAAUUUCGUCCGUGUUCGAUUCCAGACAGUGGAAUCGUAAAAUACCUUAGGAAUUAGAACCCAUGUUCGAAAUUUUCCCCAAGACACCUGAUGAAGACUAGAAGAACUAAAUCCCUGUGAAUGAUCCUACUCUGGAUACCUGAAAUCCUGGAAUUGCACCAAGUUGAACAAUUAAUUGAAUAUUAUUCAUGAAAUCCUCAUAUAUUACUCGCUGACGUAUUACAGUUACCUUUUAUCAUUCUUUUUUCUGCAUUCUCUGGCGUAUUUUCCAAGAAUCCAUACGUAUCUUUGCUUUUUCAAAUUGAUUUCCUUUGUAAGUCAGCAUAUGAUUUAUUCACAAGAGUGUCUCACGUUCACAGAAUAAACGAUUCGGAAAUACUUAUAUUUUAGAACCUUUAACGUUAUUACAAGAACGUGGAAGUUAUAUUAUUUAAAAGUUUUUCACAUAUAUUUCAUAACCUCGAAAACAAUAUUUUAUGCGCAAAGACUACUGUAAAUACAUGGUAAAUUUAGCCGUUGAUUCACUCUAAACUCAUUAUCAAGUUCAUAUUACUCGGUGUACUGAAAAUCCUUUAGUUCACCUUAAAUGAAAUACGAUGAAAGGUAUUUUCGUUUAUACCAAGAAAGAAAUACUCUUUACCACCAUUCAUAACUUUACAUAUCCCGACAUUUAACUAAUUGCAAAAUAAGUCAGAUAUCAAUAUGUUACUAUGGAAUAGAAUAUAUACACUCUUCAAUAUAAGAUAACAAGAAAAUCAUCUUUCUCUUCAACAUCUGAUGUUAAUUUUAAAAUAUGUCACAGCACAAAUUGCUCGAAAUUGUGUCGAUUAUAAAUAGCUAAGUGCAAAUCACUAUAAGGUUGAUCUAGUCGAUAUAUAAAUAUAUAUAUAUGCCACUUAUGAAAUCAUCUGGGCAGGUUAAUCCAAUCAAGAUUUGAUAACAUCCCUGCUAUUUUGGUUUCAGUUUUUAUCGACAAAUGCAAAUGUUAAAUAACAAUAUUAUAUAUCGUACAGGCAAGUAUGUAUAUAAUGCGCCGUUUGGACAACCGACACGUAUAGAAAUGUAAAGGUAACCUCUUAUAAUUCCUUAUUGUGACAUCUGUUUUGAAUAAAUCUUACCGCAACAAUAUUUAUGUAAUUAUCUUCCUGAUACCGAUGGUAUCCUUAUUAUAUUGAUCAAAUUAAAGUUCCGGAGAGCACGCUAAUUGACUGUAUUCCAGCAUUUAGAUAUAUAUGCAUACAUAAAUUUCAGAAAGAUCGACAAAUGCGUCACUGACAGACAUUGUUUGAUUGAUUGUUUGGGUCUUUGCUUAUCGUAACUAUAAACAUGGAUAACAUGCUGAAAUAUAAUGAAUUUUUACAAAAGUUUAAUUUAUCCGAAGAUUAUUUUGAAGAUAAUAAUUUUACUAUCAAGAUGGAAUAUGACUAUACACAAAAAUUACAAUGGAAAAUUGUGAUAAUAUUUGUCUACGUACUAAUCAUGUUAAUUGGAAUUUUUGGUAACAUAACUAUAGCUUUAAUAAUAAUGACUAACAAACAAUUCCAUUCAGUCACAAACAUUUUCAUUGCCAACCUAGCUAUCUCGGAUAUUGGCAUGUGUAUUUUUAAUUUACCCUUUCAACUUCAUUAUCAACUCAGCGACAACUGGGUAUUUGGAAAUAUUAUGUGUACUGUAUUUAAUUCAUCUUUUGCUAUACCUAUAUACGACUCAACUAUGUGUAUUUUAAUGAUUGCAAUUGAUCGCUAUAUUCUAAUUGUUUAUCCUUUUAGAAAGCGGAUGAGUAACAAAAUGGCGCUUCGUUUAACACUACUAAUAGCCCUUCUGGCAAUUGGCCCUGCUAUUCCUAUGGUGAUAUACAGUAAGCUUGUUGUAUUGAAUAUACCAGCAAUACAACUUGAUAAAACACUCUGCGGCGAAGAGUGGCCUUCAGAAGUAAUCAGGAGAGUUUAUACAGUAUCUGUAUUUCUGCUGCAAUUCUGCAUUCCCAUUAUUGCUACUUCAAUUCUUUACAGUCGUAUCUAUACUGUCUUGAAAAACAGGCCAGUGAAAAAAACUGAGCAUAGACGAAGUCAGAGGACCAAUCGGAUUCUUGUAUCUAUAGUUACACUCUUUACAAUAUGCUGGCUUCCAUGGAAUAUUUUCAGUCUUUUUGUUGAAUUUGACCCCGAUCUUGUGAAAGGGAAGUUUUUCAAAGUAACAGACUUGUUUCUUAAAAGUUUUGCCAUGAGUUCUUCAUGCAUCAAUCCUUUUCUCUAUGGAUGGCUAAAUGAUAACUUCAAAAAAGAAAUAUGCUUAUUAUUUGAUAACUCGAAAAAGAAAUGGAAUCGUCGAACUGGACACGCCCUCCUAGAAACAAAGCGAAAUAAUACAGACACUCAACAAAAUACUAUUGUCAUGAAUACCAUGUCACAUGGAAUCAAUGUAUGACAUUCUAGAAAUAUUUCUCUCCUCCUCAGAUUUUCAAUGUUUACAUUGCUUUAUGUAUUUCGAUGUAAAAUUCUUUUUCUGAAAUUUUAACAAACAAUUUGAAUGUUGUUAUUGCUGUUUAUUAACGUGUACAAGCAAAAAUAUUUAUGUAUAAUCUAAUUUUUAACAUUGAUAUAUCGCAUUUGACAAUGUUGUUUCAUAAUAUGAUCCCCUAAUUAAGAAUAAUAUCAGAUUGUAUACACAUUAUUAUGUGAUAUAUUUGUGUGUGUGUAUGUGUGUGUGUGUAUGUGUGUGUUUGUUUAUGUGUGUGUGUGUGUGUGUGUGUGUGUGUGUGUGUGCGCGUGUGCGUGUGCGUGUGUAAAAGUCGUAUUAGAUUGUUACUUGUAACGGCAAACUACAUUUUCAAAAGCAUUUACACACAGAAAACUUUCCCAGUCUCUCACUUCGCUUGUAGUAUAUAUGUGUGUGUGUGAAUGUGUUAGGGAGAGAGAAUAUAACCAUAUAUUGCUUCAUUGUUAAAUCCCAGUACACACGAACUUCAUUAUUCUAUAGGAACUUCUGAAAUGAGUAGCGAGCAAACACAAGUUCCUAGAUGUCUCCUUGUUUUGAUCCACCUAAGUAUUGCAUAUGUGAAGGUUGGAGUGCUCAGCACAAGGUGUUCAGUGUAAAUGAUAUACUUCCGAAAAUAUAAUUUGUUUUAUAAUACAACGCAUUGCUCACUCGUUUCAGUUUGCGUAUGAGAACACAGACCAAAUGAAUACGACUUCGUAUAGAUCUCAGAUCCAGAUUUUUUGUAUAAUAGGUGUUGUACUUUUACGAGAAAAGGACUGCCAUAUGAAAUCAUGCAUUAUGUUUCUUGUUUCGUCUGUACGGUCUCAUAUGAAGUUGUGUUGUGGUUAAUGCUGCCUAUCAUACAUUCGGAUUUACCGAAAUUAAACCACCAGUCAUGAAGGGAAAUCGAUUUAUUCAACUGUUCCGACCGACCUAAAUAAUUCUUGUUUUUGUGCUCUUCUUCUUCUUCUUCUUCUUCUUCUUCUUCUUCUUCUUCUUCUUAUUAUUAUUAUUAUUAUUAUUAUUAUUAUUAUUAUUAUUAUUAUUACUAUUAUUAUUAUUAUUAUUAUUAUUAUUAUUAUUAUUAUUAUUAUUAUUAUUAUUAUCAUAUUUGGCAGCAUCGUUACCGAGUCUGGAAUAAUGUUUAGAUGUAUUUUUCUCGACUUUAUAUUCCGAGUUCAAAUGCCGCCGGGGUUUACGUUGCCUUUCAGCAUUUUGGGGUCGAUUAAAUGUGUACCAGUUGAAUAUUGGGGUCGAUGCAAUCGACAUGACACCAUACCAAAAUUUCAGACCUAAUAGAAGGGGUUACGUUAGCGCGAUCGUUAGCGAGUCGAAGAAGAUACUUGGCUACAUUUCUUUCUUCCUCAUGUUUACGUUCUGUGUUCAGCUUCCGUCAAGAUCGACUUCGCAUCUCAUUCUUUCAAGAUCUAUGAAUGUAAUACUUCUACGACUGAAGGAAACGACUAAAUGGCUCCCCUUAAAUAUGCUGGCCUUGUACCAAAAUUUGAAAUUACAAUUAUUAUUGCUGUUGUUAUUGUGUCUUGUUUAAGCCGGUGAGCCAACCAAAUACUUAAACAGUCAAAUAUAUAUAUUACUUGCCACCUUUGUUCCUGCUUCUUUGUUGUACACAUUCCACCGAUGUCAACUUAUACAUUCAUCUAUUCACAAUCAAUACGAUAAAAUGACAGUCAAAUAUUUUGUUCAAUGGUGUGAACUAAAUCUCUCCCAAACAAACUUUGAGGACUAGUGUCUACAUUAGAAACGAUAAUAAUAUUAUCAUUAUUGUUGUUGUUGUUGUUGUUGUUGUUGUUGUUGUUGUUGUGAUGGUGGUGGUGGUGGUGGUUAUGGUUCUUAUUCUUGCCUUUGCGACUGAUAUUGUUAUUGUUGGUUUUCGUUGAUGCAGAUAAUGUUACUGUUAUUAUCGUUAACGUUAAUACUGUUAAUUAUUAAUAUUUCUUUCAUUAUUAUCAUUAUUAUUAUCGUUCUUCUAAUCAUUAUUCUUAUUCUUAUUAUUGCUGUUGUUAUUCGUGUUGUGAAGGCGGUGGGCCAUACAACAUUGAUACCAGCAUUUCGUCCGAAUUUACGUCCUGAGUUCAAAUUCCGCCGUGGUGUGCAUUGCCUUUCAUCUUUCGAGGUCUAUAAAAUACUAUCGGGUGAGCACUUUGGUCGAUGGAGUCAACUUACUCCUUCCCCGAUAUUGCUGGCCUUGUGCAAAAAAUUGGAAUCAUUAUUAUUAUUAUUAUAAUUAUUAUUGUUGUUGUUGUUGUUGUUGUUGAUGAUGAUGGUGUUGUUAUCGGCAUUCAUAUUUUUGAAAUGAUCGUUGAUCUUUAUGUCUCUGCCGAGUGUUGUAACACCAAACGUCAUUGCACUGGUUCAUUAGCAUCAGAGUUUAUUUUUCCAUGAGGUGUGUUCAUCAGACAGUCGUCAGAGCUAAGUAAUUUCUGGGAAAAUAAGCUGUACUAGACGUCUAAUUGUAAAGAAGGAGAACGAGAGAGGGCGGCGAAAAAGGUACAGAAGAUAAAGAAACGGCGUGUAUCGAUCGUAAGACUUCAUUUGUAUAUAAUAUGUCGACAUGAAAUCAGUAAAGAUACAGUUGAAAUUUUGGAGAUCUCAGAAAAACAGAAUUCAGUAAGACACACACACUCAUCAUUAUAAACGUAGAGACAUACAUAAACAAAUAUACAUAUAUAUGCAUAUAUAGAAUUACAUACAUUCACACAAACACAAACACUCAGACAUACAUACAUACAUACAUAGAUUUGUAUGUAUGUAUGUAUGUAUGUAUAGAUAGAUAGAUAGAUAGAUAGAUAGAUAGAUAGGCAGACAGACAGGCAGACAGACACACAGACAGACAGACAGAUAGAUAGAUAGAUAGAUAGAUAGAUAGAUAGAUAGAUAGAUAGAUGGAUGUAUAUAUAUAUAAAUUAAAUAUGAAUGAAUAGUGAUAUUUGUUGGAAUCUGCAAAUGACAUAAAUAUAUUUAGAAUUAUUUAGCACUGUAUGAUUAAGUAGGUUAAUUUAAGGAGAUGCCGAUAUACGAACCCAAAUACGAGAUGUUGUAUUACUAGUGUUUCUAUUUUAUUUUGGGAAACAUUUCUCUUAUUAAACAGAACAUAAUCCAAGAGUUUGGAGUGAAGCUGUUAUUAUACAGACCGUUCAGUUAUGUAAGAGCUUAAGAUUUCGCUCCCUGUCUUAUAUUAUGUCAUUCUUGCCAUCGUUAAUUCAAAGAUAAAAGAAUCGUUCAUGUGAUUGGAUAAUGGGGAAAUAAAAUUUGGAUCGGAGACCUAGCAAGAUCUCUAGUGAAACAAUGGUUUCUGCAAAAAAGCAAAGAAGACUGAAACACUGGAAAGAUAGGAGAUUAUGUUCAUUCGGGUGACUGUUGACUCGAGAAAAUAAGGUCCACUUCACUGUCUUCAAAAACAACAUUAAGCUGUUAAAUUUUACUCGCCAGCGAUUCAUCGAUAAGAUACGAAGGAAAAUAUUUCUUCGAGUAUAAGUAGAAUGGUGGGGAAUAUUAAACUACUAACACAGAACUAUUUCGCCAUCCGUACUCGCAUUCAUAGAAAACAAUUUUAAUGGCUGAGAGCAGAGAAACAAACUCUAAAAAAGAAUUAAAGAAAAUGCAAAAUCGUUUGACUUUAAUAAUCUUCAUAUAAUCUUAGAAACUAUUGAUUAAUUGGUUUCGAUUAUACUUGUAAAGAAAUAGCCUAAUAAAUUUACCAAAAAAAAAAUUUUGAACACAUUUUCGUACUCGCUUAUAUAAAAAAACUUUAUAAGGAAUCUCUUAAAAAAUUUAAAUCACAACAAUUGGCUAGUAAUAUCCAAGAAUAUUUCUUAUUUACGUGAUUAUUUUGAUGUGUGUGCGUGUGUGUUUGUGUUUGUGUGUGUGUGUGUGUGUGUGUGUGUGUAUUUGCGCGUGCGUGUAAGUUUGUGUAUAUAAUAUGUGUGUCAACCUCCAUAAAGUUCGUUUGAAUUCAUAUUUUUCUAAAAUUUUCCUCGUUGUUUUCUUCUCUGUUCCACGCUACACGCUAUACUACAGAUACAUGGACAGCGUCCACGGCACUCGUACUGCCAUGUGGUGCGUCUUUAUUUUACAGUGCUUCUCCCCUGCUCGUCGAUUUUCGCGAAGGCUCAAACGAAGGAACAAAGCGCUUCCGUGAAAUUCCAUUUUUCGCUGGGCUACCGGCGGCCGAAACAAUUGAAUUGUCAUGCUUCAAAUAGCUUACAAGGACGAUGCCAUGAACCAAACACAGGCCUACAAAUGGUUUCCACAUUUUAGGAUUGGUCACUUGUCGCAUGAAGACCAAUCUCAUUCAGGACGACCGUCAACCUCCCGAGCGAAUGAAAACAUCGUGGAAAGCGUCGUCAUCAAACAAUUGACGAAUUUGCUGAUAUGACUGGCGUGCCCUGGAAUUCCUACCAACGAAUGUUAUGCGAGGAAUAGCGAAUGAAAGAGUUACUCAAAAUGUGCACCUCGCUUGUUCACGGAAGAUAAAAAUUAGUCAUGACUGAAUGCGCGUCGUGUAUUGAAAGAACAGUUGGGACUUGUUCCCGACCUCUUUUGGAAGCUCAUCGCUAGUGACGAAAACUGGUACUGCGGAAUUUGCUGAUGUAGAAGAGGUGAAGAAGAAAAUGACGAAGGCGUUAAAAGGCAUUAUUUCACAAGAGUUCCAGCACUGUUUUCAAUAGUGUUAAACGCAACUGGACCAACGCAUUGCUUCAAAUGGAGAAUACUUUGACGGCAACAAAAUUGUAAACCUGUAAAACUAAAGGAAUAAAACAAAUAUUGCAAAAUUUCGCUUUCUUUAAAUGUCAUUCUAAGAUAGAUUACUAAUAGAAGUGAAAGUAUGAAAAAACGUAAUAAUUUUGGGGUUGGAAUAAAAUAUUGUGAGCAAAAUAUAUAUUAAAAAGAAGCCGUAAAAUUAAUAAUAUAAUGAAUCUAUGUGAUAUUUCUUUCUAUAUUCGAUUAAUUUAUCUGGUAUUAGUACAUAAUUCGAAACAUUCGUCGGUUACAAACACAUGUAGUGAGAAAUUCAAAUCUCAUACAUCAAUAAUUCAUAGUAUAAUUGAAUUUCUUUAAUGUGCAACCAUGUUCUCAGUUGCCCUUAUAUUAUAGUUUUGUCACGUUAAUAUACGGGGUGAAUUGAACUUUCAUACUUCUCUUCAUCUAAAUAUCUCUUUGUCAAUGUUAGUAUUUUCUAAAAAAUAUUUUACUUUUGAAGAUAUCUAAUAUCCACCGGUCCAAUGCAGAAUUUUAAAUCCCUGUUGGUGCUCCAUUUACAUUAAUUGAUUCCUGUUUCAUAUGUUAUCCAUUCCACUUUGUUUCAUAUAUUGUAUACGAAGUGCAACGAUAUUGCUGCAUGUGUAGUCAGCCACAGUUAAUAUUGUUAAGUUAGGUAUUAAGACAUUACCAUAGGUAUUAAGCUUCUUUAUAACUGUCUGUAAAGUUUAGAAACUUAUCGUUAAAUAAAUCCAAUUAGUGGUAACUAACGUCUAAAUUCUUACCGUAUUAAUGUUUGUUAAUAAAAUACAGGUAGUUAAAAUUCAUUUUUCGGUGGGCCUAUUCUUACUAUUAAAGCGCAGAGUGCUAGGGAUGUAUACUUUGUCUCAGUGUUACAGGUUGUCUCAGAUUGUCUAAAGGAUUAUAACGCAAUAUAAAUUCGCAUUGAAUAUACCUUUAAGGUAUGGUUGGAAUUCCAUACAGAUAAUGUUUCUCUAGGAUUACAAGUGAAUGGCAGAUUGUAAUAUAUAUGUCUAUUAAUUUUUCAAUUUGUCUAUAUGUUUGUACGUAUCUCUGAUAAAUACAAAAUAUAUAACCAAGAACGUUAAAUCCCUUAUAUUAUAAGUCACUCCCUUUGAGGCUGAUGUGUAUAGAUGUCCUACUUCCCACAAAUGUUUACGGUGUGACCCUGGCGUAUUUUGCGGUUAGGUGGACAACAUCACAACUCACCAACUUUUGGCUAAAAUUAUAUUAUCUAAUGUGUGCGUGCAUACACAUCGACGAAAUUGACACAUCUGUUCACUAUCGGAUGAAUGCGUCGGAUGUCAAGAUGUUAACCAUACAGUAAUUCCCUGAAAAGCGUACAUUUUGACACGUAUAUAUGAAAUCAUUAUCUUUUACCUUUACAACAUAAUGGGAUGUAACAAUCAUUAGAGAUUGCAACAUGAAAGGAUGAAACUGGAUUGGUGAAAUUAAACAAACAUUUAAGUAGUUGACAGCUGAGUAAAAUGACGCGUAUCAAAUGACUCCAAAGUUUUCAAAGCUUCCGCUCAUUGUCGAAAUACAGCAUAUAAUAUCGGCACAAUCUUAAGGGGUGUACGCAUUUGGAAAAUGUUCAUACCCUACAAAUUUGUCAUGAUAUCAUAGAAAUGAGAAAUGCUCAUUCAAUGUUUUAUGUAAUCUUUGUAAUCUUUUUUUGUUUCCAACUAAUCACAUAUAUGCUGAUGACCGUGAAAAUAAUUUGUUACUAACCCAUAAUUAUUAUUGCUUUAGAAAUGUUCAUUCUCCUCGUCAUUUGACUUCUGGUAAACAAUAAUGAGAAAAUUACUGUAUCGCUACAUUUCAUUUUAUACUAACGAUCACCACUCACGUUAAAUGUAUUUCAGCCGCACAUAAAAGCACUUGAAGCAAUGCGGAACAUUAGAGAGAAUCACUAUUGUCUUAGUUAGAUAAAUGUUAUAUAGUUUACGAAAUAGCAUAAUCAAUGAUAUUCAUGUAAAAUAUAUAUCUAUACGAAUCUACAACUUCUUAUACUUGCAAUUAUCACCCUAUCGAUGCAUGGCGUUAUUUAUAUCCAAUUACAAAUACUUAAGAUAUUACACAAAUAUGAAAGAAAAUUGUAAUCAUGCCACAAUCUAUGCUUCAAUAUAACGACAUGAAAACGGACAGCUGGCAGAAACGUUAGCACGCCGGGCGAAACGCUUAGAAGCAUUACGUCUGCCUUUAGGUUCUGAGUUGAAAUUCCGCCGAGAUUGACUUUGCCUUUCAUCUUUUCCGGGUCGAUAAAUUAAGUAACAGUUGCGUACUGGGAUCGAUUUAAUCGACUAGCCCCCUCCCGAACACUUUCGGGCCUUGUACCGAAAGUGGAAAAGAAUAUGUGUCUACAUAAACACAAACACAGACAAAUGAAAAUAGAUAUACUCAUAUGUGUGUGUGUGUUUGCGUGUGUGUGAGUGUGUGUGUGAGUGUGUGUGUAUGUGUGUGUGUGUCCGUGUGCGUAUCUGUAUAUUGAUGUGUACUUUAUGUGGUGAAGUGUAUAAAACAAUUUAACAUUAGCUUAAGAACUACUCACGGUAAUUGUAGAUUGUUUCAUUGGUAGAUGCAGAAAUGCAGUUACUCGUUAAUAU